GCUCCUCACCUGCGGCCUGGGCUGCGCUGGGAGCCGUUCCUGCACCUACACAAAUCGCUCCUUGGGAGCAGAGCUGGGAGUGCCGCGGCUCCCUCACGCCUCUGACACUGUCCUGGGGGCAGCAUCGCUUUCUGCCGCGUCCUCACACGAGCCCCUACGGGAAUUAAAGGGGAAGCACGGGCCCGCUGGCGGUCUGGCGGUGUCUCGGCACGGGGGGAGGACAAUGUUCCCGCGGAGGGAGGCGGAGGGCGGCCGCUCCCUCACGCUCCCGCCAUGGCCGCCGCCCGCGGCCGCGCCCGGCCAUGGCCCGGGACUACGACCACCUCUUCAAGCUGCUCAUCAUCGGCGACAGCGGUGUGGGCAAGAGCAGUUUGCUGUUGCGUUUUGCAGAUAAUACCUUCUCAGGCAGCUACAUUACCACCAUUGGAGUGGAUUUUAAAAUCCGGACAGUUGAGAUCAAUGGGGAGAAGGUGAAACUCCAGAUCUGGGACACAGCUGGCCAGGAACGCUUCCGGACUAUUACAUCAACGUAUUACAGAGGAACACACGGGGUCAUUGUUGUCUACGACGUAACGAGCGCAGAAUCCUUUGUGAAUGUAAAACGGUGGUUGCAUGAAAUUAAUCAAAACUGUGAUGAUGUCUGCAGGAUACUAGUGGGCAAUAAGAAUGAUGACCCAGACCGAAAAGUGGUAGAAACAGAAGAUGCCUAUAAAUUUGCUGGGCAGAUGGAGAUCCAAUUGUUUGAGACCAGCGCCAAAGAAAAUAUUAAUGUGGAAGAGAUGUUUAAUUGCAUUACAGAGCUUGUCCUGCGAGCAAAGAAAGAAAACUUAGCAAAGCAGCAACAGCAGCAACAGAACGAUGUGGUGAAGCUAACGAAGAACAGUAAAAGGAAGAAGAGGUGCUGCUAAUGCCCCUUCCCUGCUGCAGAGACUCUGCUCUCAGACAGAUCAGCCCCUCCAGCUAGACUCGGGCAAUUCCACUGGGGCAGGCUUUGGGAGGACUUUCUCAGUUUUGUGCCGUUAUUUAAAGAUUAUUUUUUCUCCAUGUUUUCUAUCAAGAGGCGCUGGCACCUUCCCACUGCAGUGCCAAGAAGGUAUGGGAUGGAAUCUUGCCCCUCUCUCCUCCCCUGCUCAUUCCAGUGCGCCUUGUAGACAAGAAGGACGUUGCCUACCAAGUGGACUAAUUAACCCAAGAGUUUGUAUAUAAUGUAUAUUGCUUUAACCAGCCUCGCCUCUCUGUUGUCGCUUUGGCUUCUGCCUUCUUAAUGUCAACCAAUCAUGGACUGCAGAGUUCAUCUUUUUAAAGAAAAAGUUGAAAAGUUCUUAAUUUGAGUUGGCCCUGGGCUGGCAGCCACUGCUUCCUGGGGCCUCCAGCUGCAUUUCUGUUGGGCUCCAGGCUGGCAUCUGGUGCCCCUGGGGCCCCUGGCUUCUCCUGGAGACCCAGGCUUUUCCUGGGGCUCGGGCUGUGUUUUUCUAGGUACCAGGAUUGCAGGUGUUGCUGCUGGAGCCUGGGGUUUCAUUUCACCAGCCCCUGGGCUGGUAGCUGGAGCUGCUGCUGGGGCCUGGAAUUUCAGCUUGCCAUCAUCCAGAUUUGUGGCUGGAUCCUUGGGUUUCACCUCCUUGUGCUGCAGCCCAGCUGUACCUGUGCUCUCCUGUAGUUUGUGUCAAGAUACUGGAAAUCAAACUGACCUGCAGAAGUGGGAUUUGUUUGGAUAAAACUUUUUUUUUUUUUAAAGCAAAGUUUAACAACUUUGACCUCUGCUUCUGGUUCUGCCAGUGUCCUAAGUGAGGGUCCAUUUCUUUUGAGAAGAACAAAAAUCAUGUGAUUCUGCCAAAAACCCCAAACUUCUCCUUGUUGCCCUGUCCACAAAUAGGCAAUCUGAACGUGAAUGUGAAUUUUGGUGGCAAAGCUUUUGUUUUUGAGAGAGAAAAGGCAUGAAAAAAAAUCCAGCUCUUCUUAUUGAUGUCUGAAUAUGAAAGCUGCAGGAUCAUUCCCAGGAUUCUUCAGUUAGGAAGGAGGACUGCUGUUUAAUGCAAAGAAAUGGAAAGCUUGCUUGCUUGGGUUAUGUGGUGGUGGAGGAUCACACUUGGAAACAAACUGGGCUUGCUGUGCUCAGCAACAUUUUCCUGGCCCUCGUCAGCCUUUCUGGGAAAACAAGGGCUCACUUCCUCAGCCUGAAUAGUUGUAGAUAAAGGUGGAGAGUGUAUGUGUGUGUAACUAAAAUAUCAAAUGUCUGGGCUGAAAGGACAUGCUCAGCAUGAAUUAUUGCCUAAAUAAUAUUAAAAAAUAAUUUUACCUUAAAAGGCAUGGAGGGUAUGACUUCCUUUAAGGCCUUGAAGGUGGACAUACUCCAUGUGCCAGUGAGUGGCCCUGUGGAAUUGCUGGCCUUGGUUUGGUAGGAUGUGAUUCACCCAUGUCCAUGAGCUUGGAACCAGCCCACUUCUCUCCCUUCCUCACCCUUUCUCCAGGAGAGGCUAAAUUUUAGUCACUUAUUUUGCCUGCAUUUUUUUUAGAUUUUUCAGGUUGUGGUAAGAGCCCUGAUCAUACAAUCACAUCACAGUCAAUCACUUUAAAGACUUUCCUGAAGUGCAAACGAUGAAUGUGUAACACGUGGGUUUUUAUUGGGUUCAGGUGCUGGGUAUGGAUCCAGCUGCCUUCACCCACCUCUCUUCUUCACAUAUCCUGCAGUGGUAACCCAAGAACUGGAGUGAGCUGGGCUGGGGCUGCUGGGCUGAGCUCUGGGCAGUGCUGAGAGGCUGCAGGUGGUGGCUUGGGCCACACCAGUCCCUCCUGCCUGCUCCAGGGUGGAAUGUGGUGUGUGCUGGGCCUGUCCCUGGGGCUGUGCUGGGGGGCUCCCCCUGCAGACUGGGGGGCCCAGCCGUGUUGCUUUGGGAAUCUUGUUGGUAGCUGUGUGCAGAUCUAGGAGGGAGUAACUUCAUAGAGGCAGAAGUAAAGAACGUGUCUGAAUUUACUGGAAAUGAUGCAAUAAAAUGAGGAAAUGGUGCACCCAAGCCUGGAGUGUUCUCUUAUAUGGAAAAAUUGGUCCUCUUUGAGUCCAGGUUUUUGUGGCUGUGGUUGGAAUUCUGUCAAUCCAGGUCCAGCUUCCUGGCUUAAAGUGGGAAUUUCUUUUUUUUUCCCCAGAGCUGGCUGUAGAGGAGCAGUUACCUCUGCUCUUGCCAUCACUGUUCAAUUGGAAGGGGUGGGGACCGUGUCUCUAGUGGUGCUGAUGUGAAGUUUCCUAAAUGUUGAGCAAUGGAAUGUCUAACUGGUUUGCUAGGAUUAUUUCUGUAAUGAAAGUUUCUAAUUAUGCUUUUUAAAUAAUUUUAAAAAACUAAAAAUAAAGGUUACAAGCUGCCAAA